AUGUUCUCUAAUUACUUUGCGUCUAUUUAUGGGUCAGAUACUCAAACACUGUUGGAUAAUAAUUAUGUGGCAAGGUACUUAUUGCCAUCAAACUUAGGCUAUGGACUUACGAAUGUUCAAUUUUCUAAAGAUGAAGUUUUGGCUAGGUUGAAGACAUUGGAUGUCAAUAAGGGUGCAGGUUCUGAUGGAAUUCCACCUCUAUUCAUAAGGGCAUGUGCAGAGAAUUUGGCUAUUCCAAUACAUCUCAUAUUUAACUUAUCACUAAAAACUGGUAUAUUUCCCUCACAAUGGAAAUUAGCAAAGCAUGGUUUUGUCAAGGCUAGAUCAGUGAAUACAAAUUUAGUAACAUUUGCUGAUUUUAUUACUGAAGCUGUAGAUACUAACUUGCAAGUUGACGCUAUUUAUACAGACUUUAGCAAAGCUUUUGAUUCAGUACCCCAUAAUAUUCUGCUGCAAAAACUAUCUUUAUAUGGUUUUGCAGAUCCUUUGCUAUCAUGGCUGAGAUCGAAAUGUCUUCAUAUAAAAUUCACUAGAAAACACAAUAAAAUUGCCUUUGAUUAUCACAUCUAUAGUGAAACUUUAAGUGAAGUGAGCACUAUAAGAGAUCUGGGUAUACUUCUAGACAGUAAAUUAACAUAUUUACCUCAAAUAGAGUUUGUAAUAGCAAAGGCAUCAAGAGCUUUAGGUUUUUCUGAUAUAACUCCUAAUGAAACAUUAUCAGUCGACUCUUCUACGGUCUCUGAUAUUUCUCCAAUUGAAAUUGAUUGUACGAAAGCCUAA